AUGAAGUUUCUUGAGAUUGACGAUCCUUGUGAAGUGUUACCGAUUAGCUGCCGUUUGCUGCAGCUCUUCGGUCUGGGACGUGGUGACAAGAUUAAGUGGUUCUUCUGGAUUCAAUGUGCAUUCUAUGGGAAUGAGAUUCUAUUGGCACUUCAGGAGCUCCCAUGGUAUGAACAACCAGUGAAGAUACAAAAACAAAUCCUCCUGAUGAUAAGACGCUCGCAAGUGCCCACCGUACUAUCAGCAGGGAAGCUCGUCUCCGUCAACAUUGCUCUGUUCAGCUCGAUGAUACAAAAGACGUACUCCUUGUACCUGGUUAUGAAGGACAUCUUUUAA